CAUGGUGAGGCUGGUUCUACUGAUAUAGAAUCACUUCAGAUUGACAAGGCUGCCAUCAAAGAGAAGAUAGAGAGAUAUAGUGCUCCUGACAUAUAUAACUUUGAUGAAACAGCACUCUUUUAUACUGCCCCACUAAGAACAACAAUUUCUCACCAGAAAUUUUCUGGUUGGAAAGAUAAAAAGAAGCACCUAGCUGUAGGUCUCUUGUAUAAUGCGGAUGAAAUGUAUAAGUGGUCCAAUGUACUGAUGAUUGGGCAUGCAAGAAGACUAAACUGCUUUAACAAGAACAAUAAGAAGCAAGAAGCAAGUGAUCAUGGAUUCUCCAUGUAUCAUUACAAUAGCAAUGCUUGGAUGACAAGAUCAAUCUUUCAUGUUUUCUUC